UCGCCUUCGCCUCCGGGCCACUGCGUCCCUCCCACUGAACUGCCGGACAGAGCCCAGCGGGCCGGGCUAGGCUGGCGUCGCUGCCCGCCGCCAGGCUGGCAAGGGCCGCGGGCACCGGGCUCGGGGCUCCAGAAGCCGCCGAUGGGAAGCUGUGCUCAAAAGGGCGAGAGAAGACGCCGCGGCCACCGAUAACGCCGCGGCCACCAUGGGGAACAAGCAGACCAUCUUCACUGAAGAGCAGCUGGACAACUACCAGGACUGCACUUUCUUCAAUAAGAAGGACAUCCUCAAGCUCCAUGCGCGGUUCUAUGAGCUGGCCCCCAACCUCGUCCCCAUGGACUACAGGAAGAGUCCCAUCGUCCAUGUGCCCAUGAGCCUCAUCAUACAGAUGCCGGAGCUCCGGGAGAAUCCCUUCAAGGAGAGGAUUGUGGAGGCUUUCUCUGAGGAUGGCGAGGGGAACCUCACCUUCAAUGACUUUGUGGACAUGUUCUCUGUGCUCUGUGAGUCAGCACCCCGAGAGCUCAAGGCAAAUUAUGCCUUCAAGAUCUAUGACUUCAACACUGACAAUUUCAUCUGUAAAGAAGAUUUAGAGCUGACGCUGGCGCGACUCACUAAGUCAGAACUGGAUGAGGAUGAGGUAGUGCUUGUCUGCGACAAAGUCAUUGAAGAAGCUGACCUGGAUGGUGAUGGCAAGCUGGGCUUCGCUGACUUUGAGGACAUGAUCGCCAAGGCCCCUGAUUUUCUCAGCACUUUCCACAUCCGAAUCUGAGGACACCGCCAAGGCUACAGGGGCCUAGAAGUCCGCCCUCUGGCCUGCUGUCUGUGCAGGUGUGGUUUCCAGGCACUUCAGGAAAGGGGCUGUAGCCUCUGGGUCUCUCCUCACCCGUGGCCAUUUCCUGUGGCCCUUUCAGCAAAAAACAAAUAAAAAAACUUAACAGCGAUGAGGUUGUGGAGAGCAGGACCCUUCCCAGGGUCCCCAGUGGUUCACCCACAAGAUCAGCAGUCCCCCUGAAGGUCCUCUCAACCCCCGGCUCUCCUGCCCAGUCCUUUUCUCACCCAGCGGUGUCCUCCUAGGAGGGGAAGGUGGGAAACCUAGCAGGAGGGGUGGGGCUGGAUUGUCCAUGUGCUGGACAGACACCGAGUCACCCAGAGUGAGUGCAGAAAACAAACAGAGACGGGGUUUUGACAAGCUAUGCAAUCUUUUACUAAAACCAAGGCUGGGCUGCACCACCCCCAUCCUCCCCCAUCCUGUGCUCUCCCAAUGUGAAGCUGUAUAAGCAGUAGGUCCUAAGGGCUCUGCCCGUGUCUUGAACACUACCGCACACACCCUCCCCAAUGACAUGGUGUCACUGGUGUGUGCUGACCUCAGAUUUGUGAAUUCCUAGGAAUAAAACACUUUUGUGUCCUGCA